AACGACAACACCACCCUCGUGGAGAUGGACCCCGGCAGCUUCAAGACCUUCGACACCGACUACUUCAAGCUGGUGAGCAAGCGGAGGGGCCUCUUCCACUCCGACGGCGCCCUCCUCACCGACCCCUUCACCCGCGCCUACGUCCAGCGCCAUGCCACCGGCGCCUUCAAGGACGAGUUCUUCGCCGACUUCGCCGCCUCCAUGAUCAAGAUGGGCAACGCCAACCCGCUCACCGGAAGCCAAGGUGAGAUCAGGAAGAAGUGCAGCGUGGUCAACCAUUAAACCACCGACGAAAUACAAGGCUCCUUUCUCUCCCAAAUCUUUUUCUUUCAUUAAUUUAUUGUUUCGUUACAACCAUGUUAGUUCCUUGUACACACACUUUGGUAUUGCCACCUCCGACGUGUCGUCCAUUGUCAUCUGGAGAUUAUUCAUGUCACGGUUACUAGUUUUGUCUAAGUUUGUCUUUGUUUUAUUUUAGAUUGUUACAUAAUGUUUUGUUGUGAUAUUUGUUUUACCUCAGAGCAUAUCAUAAUGUUUCACAUGUACAAGUAAAAAGAAGAGUUACUGUCAGAUUAUCUUUAUUUAG